AUGUACACAGAUUCUGGUGUGGAUUUCGCUGAUUCAGAGACCACUUCAAUGAUUGUUCGACGCUCGUCAAUAACAAACGCUCGAUCGUCGCUUCUAAAAUCAGGGUCGAAAAAGGGGAAGAAUUACGAUUCUGCAGCACUGAUAAGCAAAACAUCAAAAGCACUGCGAUCGAAUCAGAUUGACUCAAGUAUAGAGCGUGUCUCAUCGUCCACAGCUACCACAAAGCAACACUCGACAACAUGGUUGCAGCGCAUGAAAGGUCAUGUGCAGCAUGCAUUCAUAACGCGCACUCGUCGAAUGCUCACUGUCUCAAGACCACCACUCUCGACCACUUCAUCCGGUUACGAUAAAACUGGCAAUAUUCUACUGAAUAAUCGAAAACGCUCUAUUAUGAUCACAAGACAAGCGAGUAAUCGAAGUACGUCAAGUGCAAAGACUACUGUCGAAAAAACACGUGCAGGCGGUGCCGAUUCAUCAUUUUUAAGUACUGGCGGAAUGUCACGCAAAAUUUCGUCGUUAUCAGCGCUAACUCGUGGUCGUAUGGUCCAUUCAAUAUUUGCCCCAUUCAGCGCCUUUCAACGACAACGGAAGCAAACUAAAGCUGAACGUCGUGCUCAUAAAGCAUUCAGGACAAUCACGUUCAUUGUUGGAUUUUUUGCUAUUCUGUGGUCACCAUAUUACGUUGUG